CACAGCUUAUAAAAUCAAUUCAGCGGCUCAAUCCUAGCUCAUCUAUAUAUAACCACCUUCUUCACUCUCGUUCUUUGUAUACUUUCUUUGUGUCAAUAGGAUUAUACACAAAGAACACACUCAAUCGUGGUUUCAAUACAAUAGCUGAUUACAUGAAAUCAGAAGCCACACUGCACUACUCUUCAACUUCAUCACCAGUAGUAGUGAGUGGUAGAAUCAAAUCCGAUUCGUCAUCUGCUAUCGGAAGAUUAUGUCGUAAGUUAUCGCCGCGAAAGUUGCCGGAAAAGAGCUCGCUUCAUUUGAGUCCACCAAGAAGUACGACUCUUGGUGCUAAUGAUGAUGAGUGCAGUCAUGAGAUACAAAGGGUGUUCAUGUACUUUGACGAGAACGGGGACGGCAAGAUCUCACCGGAGGAGUUGCAGAGCUGCGUGAGGACGGUGGGAGGGGAGCUGUCGGAUGAGGAGGCUGAGAUGGCUGUCCGGUCAUCAGAUUCAGACGGAGACGGGAUGUUGGGGUUGGAGGACUUCAGGAGGCUGAUGGAGAAUGGGGGAGAGGAAGAGAGGAAGGAGGAGCUGAGAGAGGCCUUUAAGAUGUAUGAAAUGGAGGGGACUGGGUGUAUUACACCCAAGAGCUUGAAGAGGAUGCUGAGUCGACUCGGGAAGUCGUCCACUGUGGAGGAUUGUAAGGCCAUGAUCAGCAUGUUUGAUAUCAAUGGUGAUGGUGUCCUUAACUUUGAGGAAUUUACCAUCAUGAUGCACUGAUCCAUCAAUACCAUAAUUUGCACAUAUAUAUACUCUUACUUUUGAUUCUUCUAAAUACUAAUCAAGUUGUGUUUUACAUUCAUUUUUUUGUAAUUUUAAUUUAAUUACUGAGGAGUUAAAUACUAGCUUAAUUUUUUCGGAUAGGA